AUGCCCACGGCGUCUGGACCGCUUCAUAGUGUAGUGGCUGCAGAUGCGACAACGGGUGUCGCUGUACCGAUUGCGCAGUAUCCCGCGACGCUGAUAAGCAACGCUCCCCAUCAAGUGCAGCAGCACGCAGUGCCGCAAGUUAUGUGCUACCCCAACCCUGCGCAACAUCAGUGGUUCCACCAAACGGCACACCAACAACCAAG